CAGACAACAACUGAACUUACUGAAAACAGCUUACAGGCAAACAAAACAGAGAAAUAAAGCGAAAUAGCCUAAUACAGCUACGCGGCAAAACGUAGUGUAUGAAUGGAAGCUCUUCUAAAACGAUGAGCAAAUACGCUGAGUGUUGACAACGCCAUGGAUGAUCGAUGUCAGCAUGUGAUUGAGGAUUUAUUCAGUGGUCAAUGGACACUCUGCACCUGUUUGCAUCUGGAAAAGGCUCUAGCCGCUGGGGAAGCCUUGCUGGACCUGGCCGUUAAGUUUCAGCACAAGUGCCAACGACGGCAUCAGCACAGCUGACGUAUUCAUAAAGCAGAGCAAAGCGAAGAUCUCACGCGAUGUCCUCGGCGGUGUUAGAUAAAUUGCUCAGAGGUCGUCUCUUUCAUGCCAGACAGUACCUCAUGAAGCAUAAAUCCACGAUCACAAUGGCACCCACUGAAAACUGUGAUGUUCUUAUGACAUUCCCAGACACCACAGAUGACCAUACACUGUUAUGGUUACUUAACCAAAUCCGGUUGGGAAUUCCACAAAUCAGAAUCCAGAUCCGACAGCAUAAAUACACGCAUACCUAUGCAUUCUUCAUUACCUCAACCUUUGAAAACUUGUUGCGUGGAGCCGAACAGAUGGGGAUGCAAAAGGCAGUGAAGCCACGCUACGGAGGCGGCACUCGCAGGUUUUCAUGUGAGGAGGAUGACAUCUAUGAAAACAUCGAGAGUGAGCUGUGUUUCUUCACAUCACAGGAGCGUCAGAGUAUUAUCAAAUAUUUGUUGGAUAAUCUGCGGGCAAAACAUGGCGAGGCCCUUCAUAAUAUUCACUUCCUGGAGGGCCAACCAAUCAUACCAGAGCUUAUAACCAGGGGUGUGAUUCUUCAAAUGUUUCCUCUUCAUGAGCAGAGAAUCCUGAAUCAGCUGAUGACGUCCUGGGUUCAGGCAGUCUGUGAGAGGCAACCUCUAGAUGACGUGUGUGAUUAUUUUGGUGUGAAGAUUGGCAUGUACUUUGCUUGGCUGGGCUUUUACACCAGCUCUAUGCUGUAUCCAGCAGUGAUUGGCUUUCUGCUCUGGAUUUUUGCUGAGUCUGAUCAGACAAGUCAGGAUAUCUGCUGUGUGGUGUUUGCCCUUUUCAAUGUGGUGUGGGCAACACUGUUCCUGGAGAGAUGGAAGCGGCGGGAAGCAGAACUAGCAUAUAAGUGGGGAACGCUAGACACCCCAGGAGAGUCACUAGAGGAAGCCCGUCCACAGUUUCGGGGAAUUAAGCGUCGCAGUCCGGUGACAGGCUGUGAAGAGUUUUUCUACCCACCCUGGAAGAGGAGAAUGUUCCGCUGGUUGGUCAGCUUUCCCAUCUGCAUCCUCUGUCUUUGCUUCGUCUGCUUGGCCAUGUUUAUCUGCCUGGAACUUCAAGAAUUUGUCAUGGAAACAAAGGAGUUGCCAAGCAUAUGUAGAUUUAUUCCAAAAAUUCUUCUGGCUAUAACUGUUACUGUAUGUGAUGAAGUGUACAAGAAAAUAGCUCUCUGGCUCAAUGAUAUGGAAAAUUACAGACUUCAAAGCACUUAUGACAAUAAUCUUAUCCUCAAGACUGUUUUUUUUCAGUUCAUAAAUUCUUACCUCAGCCUUUUCUACAUCGGAUUUUAUCUCAAAGACAUGGAGCGGUUAAAAGAGAUGCUGGCAACGUUGUUGAUCUUCCGCCAAUUUCUACAAAAUAUCAAAGAAGUGUUGCAGCCGUAUCUCUAUGAGCACCAUAAAUUAGGUGCUCUGAGGACAUUAUGGGACUUAAUUCAAACCAUGCUCCUGAACUAUAGGCAUUUGAUAAUGCAAAGGAUACGACUGACUUGCCAAGCCAGUCUGGAUGUGAAUAAAAAUGGCACACCUCCAGAACAAUCGGAGAAGAGAGAGAGAAGGAGUUUAAUCGCCAGCUACAGAGUUCUCAAAACAGAGGAAGGGGAUGGUGAUGCUGGACUAAAGCAAAGGAAGGUCAGCUUCACCGAGAAGGUGGAAUACAAAGACAAGGUUGUGGAAGCACAGACCAGCCUACAGGACGAUGGCAGUCCUACCCUUGUGGAGGAAGGAACGGAUCCAUCCUUAAUAUUUGAUAUACGUGAUGAUGACGAUGAUGAUGACAGAGAAUUGGAUGAUUCUCUGAGUAAACCUCAAGGACCCCAGAGAAGAAAGACCAAAUCUGCUGGGGAAAACAACAGCUUGGAAAAGAAAAUGUCCUGGAUGGAUCCUCCAGAGGAGACUGAAUCUACUGUUUUGACCCAACCGGAGAUUGAAAGUUGCAUGCUAACUUACGAGGAUACUCUUCAAGAUUACCAGGAAAUGUUCAUACAGUUUGGCUACGUCGUGCUCUUCUCCUCUGCAUUUCCUCUGGCAGCCAUGUGUGCCCUGAUAAACAACAUUGUAGAAAUCCGAAGCGAUGCUUUAAAACUUUGCACAGGCCUCCAGAGACCCUUUGGGCAAAGGGUUGAAAACAUUGGACAAUGGCAGACCACAAUGGAGGCAAUGGGUCUGAUCGCAAUAAUUGUGAACUGUUACCUUAUUGCCCAGUGUGGACAGCUGCAACGACUCUUCCCCUGGUUGAGCCCUGAGAUGGCCAUCAUCUCUGUCAUAGUGCUAGAGCACUUUGCCAUUCUGCUCAAAUAUAUAAUUCAUGUUGCAAUUCCUGAUAUUCCAAACUGGGUGGCAGAUGAGAUGGCCAAACUUGAAUACCAGCGGAGAGAAGCUCUCAAGAAACAUGAACGGCUCGCUCAACAGCACCAGCAGCAGCAGAAACGGAGGAAGUCUGAAGAUGAAGAGGAGCAUCAGAAAAUGGCAGAGGAAUUGGCACGACAAGACAGUGAGCAAGACAAGUCCGAUCUGAAUGGAGGUGAGGACCAUCACCAUGAAAAAAGCCCAGGGGCCAAAUUCAGCUCUGGAGGAAAUAAACUCAAGAGACCCAGCUCCCUUUUAGGCAACAAUAAUGUAAUGAAACUUAAACAGAUAAUCCCACUUCAGGGUAAAUUCACCUCUACCACUUCUCCCACAAGCGGUGAGGCCAAACUUCCAGGUUUUCUAAAGUUCCUCAAAUCCCAAGAGUUAAAAAAGGAAGCCGCUGCAGCAGUUGCACAAGCAGCUACACAUGGGAGCCACGAGAAAACACAGUCUCCCAGCAAGUCCUUCAAUCCAGGCAAACUCUUCAACUUUGGGAAAGAAAAUCCAUGUACUGGUGCUGGUUCAGAACGGCAAGCGAAACCAGAAGAUGCCUCAAGGGCCACUAAUGCACAACACACAAAUAAUGACCAAAACCCUUCAUAAGAAGAGCUUCUAGCUGAGGUUGAAAAGAGUGAAAGCUCGGACUUUGGUAAUAUUCCUUCAAAAAAUCAGUGAAUGAGAUACUAUUCAGUUAAUAUAUAGCACUGAUUGUACUGCUUAACAUUUGCUUAAAUGUGAUAAAGCAACCAUGUAGUAAGUGGAACUGCAUGUCAAAAAUCAUUAUAUAGAUCUCCAUAUAGUUUACUCACUGAAAGUGGCAUGCUAAAUCACCUGCAUGAUAAAAUCAGUUUAGGUGGCAUGGGCAAGCAAGAAAGGACAUUUGAAUGAGCACUGUAAAUGUAUAGAAUUUCUAUUUUUCUACGCAUUAUUAUUUUUCUUAUAUGAAACAGUAAAUACGACAAUCUAAAAAUUAUGUGUUGUCCUUGCUGAUUUUGAUCUUAUUAGUGGGAACCCAUAAUGCAAUAAAAUGGAAUUACUGUGAAAAGAAAUGUAAAAAAUGCUAUAUCAGACACAAUAUUCACCAAGUUACUUCACAGCCUGUUUUUUUUACUUUUGUACUAUUAUCAUAAUGCAAAUUAAAUGCACAUACAAUUGCUUAUAAAAAUUAACUAUGCUAAAAUAAAAUGUGAUA